GUGUCCACAAACAACAUCCUCUGCCUUUCUCCCCCUUCCUCCCCCACCUGAAAAUUUUAACUCCAAACCUACAAACCCACACGCCCCCCCCCCCCCCCCAACUUUGAAUUUCGAUCUCCAUUCUCUGUUCCCACUUCAUGCGUUAUUCCCUCUUUGGGUAUGCAUGCAUGCACAUUUCCACAUUCAAAUUUACAAAAAAAAAAACACCCAUUUAAUCGUCUUCUGAACACAGCACCUACCUACCUAGCUUCCCACAAUUCCCAUUAUUAAUUCCUUAAUAAGCUACAAUAUACAUAUACACUUACAUAUAUAUAUUGCUGCUCUUUUGAUAUUGAUGGCUUCUUCACCCUCUGAGCUGAGCUUGGAAUGCAAACCCCAGAGCUAUUCCAUGCUUCUUAAAUCAUUUGGAGAUCAAACCUUGGAUCAAACCCAGAAGCUCGAAGAGUUCCUCUCCCAUCUCGAAGAAGAACGCCUCAAGAUCGAUGCCUUCAAGCGGGAGCUGCCCCUCUGCAUGCAACUUCUCACUAAUGCCAUGGAGGCUUCCAGACAGCAACUUCAGACAGUCCGGGCGAGCCAGGGAUCGAGACCCGUCCUCGAAGAGUUCAUACCCCUGAAGCACCCGAGCUCGGAGGGAUCGGAAAAGGCAUCAAACAAUACUUCCGACAAGGCGACCUGGAUGACUUCUGCUCAGCUUUGGAGCCAAGCAGGAGGUGAUCAAGGAACCAACCAACCAAACCCUAAAGAAACCGAUAUUGCCUUUGGGGUGUGCCCCAGACUCACUUUGGACAACAAGAACAGAACUGGGGGAGCCUUUCUUCCCUUCUCCAAGGAGAGGAACCUGUGCCCAAGCCCGGCAUUGGCGGUGCUUCCCGAUUUGGCCCUUGCUUCUGCCGAGAAAGAUCAGAUGGAGGACAAGAAGUGUUCCGAGAGUUCUGAAAUUAAUGGGUUAAUUUCAUGCCCAAGGAGGGAGAUUAGUUCAGGAAAGGGCGGCGCUAAUGGAGGGACUAAUGUGGGCGAGCAGGGGAAAGCGGCCGAGACGCAGACGGCAGCGGCGACCGGGACAAAUAGUACUACUACUGCUAACAAUACACAGUCGACUCACCGGAAGGCGAGGAGGUGUUGGUCGCCGGACUUGCACCGGCGAUUUGUAAAUGCCCUUCAGAUGCUCGGUGGUUCUCAAGUGGCCACCCCAAAACAAAUCAGGGAGCUGAUGAAGGUUGAUGGUUUGACCAAUGAUGAAGUUAAAAGCCAUUUGCAGAAAUACAGACUCCAUACCAGACGGCCGAGCCCAAGCCCACAAGCGGCCGGAACGCCUGCGCCGCAGCUCGUGGUCUUGGGCGGUAUCUGGGUCCCUCCUGAAUACGCCACUGCAGCCGCCGCUCACGGCGGCGCAACCACCAUAUACGGCGCGCACCCCACGUCCCACGCAUCCCCGCACUACUGCGCGCCGCCAGUGGCGCAGGACUUCUACCCUGCGCCGCCACAGCCCCACCACGGCCUCCACCACCAGCUCCAAGUGUACAAGGGCCCGUCGCAGCAUCUCCCCCACGGUUCGCCGGAUUCCGCCGUCAGGGGCGCCGGGGAUCGGUCGGAGAGCAUUGAAGACGGCAAGUCAGAAAGCAGCAGCUGGAAGGGUGACAGCGGCGAGAAUGGUGGAGGAGAGAGAAAGGGCUUGGCCACCAGGAGAGAUGAUGGGGAGGAGAGCAAUGCUAGUGAGAUCACCCUCAAGUUCUAAAAUUAGGGUGAGGAUUAGGGUUAGGGUUUUUAGGGUUUUGCAGUUGCUUUUUUUUCCCUUGUUAAAUGUGUCGAAAGGGCAUAAAGAAAAAGUGAUCAGUUGUUUUUUGUAUUCCCUGUUUGGGCGAGCGAAAAGGACUGGAGAUUGGAUUUUUAUAUGGUUUUUUGGCGUUUUAUGGGACUUGGAGUUAUGCGGUUGGACAUAUUUGCCCUUAUCUAUGUAGACAAUGACAGCCAUAACUUUGACCCACCUGUGGACCGAGUCGGCGGACCACCCUUUGUAACUCAUGGUAACAUAGAAUUCCCCUAGCUCAUAGGUCAAAAAGUGCCACGUGUAAUAAAAGGUCUCACUUGCAAGAAAAUAUGUAGUAUUCACUGUGAGAUUUGAGUAUAAUUAUUUUUAUCCAUUUUAUAUUAGUAAAAAAUAUAUAAUAUUUACUGUUCACAUA